AUGGGCCUCCUCACCGCCCUCGGCCUCCGCCGCAAAAACAACUGGGAGCCCCCGACACUCAUUGAUUCCCUUCUUGCGUCGCCCCUCCACUUCAUCAUCACUCUAAUCUACAGCAUCACCCUCUUUCUCCGCGGCCGUCCCUUCACGCCACCCCGCGACAAGCCCGCCAUCCGCGUCGUCUGCAUAUCCGACACCCACGACCGCACCGACGUCGCCAUCCCUGCCGGCGACCUCCUGAUCCACGCCGGUGACCUCACCAACGCCGGCACAGCCUCCGACAUCCAGGCCCAACUCGACUGGCUCGCCGCCCAGCCUCAUCAGCACAAGAUCCUCGUUUGCGGCAACCACGACAGCUACUUCGACCUCAGCGCCCGCCUGCCCUCCGACCGCGGCAAGACCCUCGAUUUCAGGGGCAUUCGCUACCUGGUUCGCGAUGCCGUGACCCUCGAGUUCAAGGCCGGCCGUCACCUCAAGAUCUACGGCGCCCCCGACAUUCCUGCCUGCGGCGGCUCCGAGAUGGCCUUCCAGUAUGACCGCGCAUCGCCCCCUUGGAGAAACGCCGUGCCCAUAGACACGGACAUUUUAGUCACUCAUGCUCCACCCAAAAACCACCUGGAUCUGGGCUUGGGCUGUCCUGGCCUCCUCCAAGAAGUCUGGCGAGUCCGUCCGAAACUUCACGUCUUCGGCCACGUGCACUGGGGCCAUGGUCGCCAGGUCGUCCAUUUUGACGAGUGUCAGCGCGCCUACGAGUCCCUUCUGUCCCAACGCCCACGCGGCCUCAUCCGCGACUUCUUCCCGCACUCGGGCUGGAAAGACGCGCUUCGCGUGCUGGGCUACGCCGUGCACGGCGUCGUGUGGAAGUGGUUAAUGGUCGGACCCGGCGGCAACACCAGCAGUCUCAUGGUGAACGCUGCCCAGAUGUACGGAAACACAGGACGGUUGGGAAACCCGGUGGAGGUGGUGGAUUUGUGA